GGGGCCCGGAGGCUCCGCUGCCACAUCCCUGCCGCAGCACCUCGAAGGUCGGGUGGAAAGUGAGGGCCGGGCGUCCCCACAGCCUCCUCGGAGCCCGAACUUCCCCUUCGCUUUCUAGGAACCCCAGAAAUCCUGCAGCUCAGGACCACUCUGCAGGAGCUGGGACCACCCUGGGCUCCGGCACUGUCCUGCUGCCCAGCGCUGCCCCUGCGCCCAGCGGUCCCUGGGAGCAGACCCCUCCUCACCGCCCCGGCGAUGCCCUCGGCCGGGCAGGGCAGUGGGUCCCCAGCGCCCCCCAGCCUGGGAAGUACCCGUGAACUGUGAUGCUUCUGUGGUUUGGCUUCACCUUGGGGCAGCCCCACAGGGUCCCGUCUCAGUAUAAAUCCAACCUCCUGCCGGCCCCCAGCCCACAUUGAUCCCACCGGAGCAGCGCACGCCACGCACGGAGAUGCUGGUGCUGGUGGGACUAGUGCUGUGCCUCACUCCUGCGGACGCCCUGACUGCCUUCCCCCCAAAGUUUCAGGUGGGGAAAGUGAACGGGAACGUGGUGAUAAAAUGCAACACCUCGGAGCAGCGAGUGACCUGGACGCAGAACGGGGAGCCAGAGCCCAUGGCCGAGCUCGUGGCCGAGGGACAGACUCUCACCAUCCUGGGCUUGGACCUGCCGGCUGCGGGCAAUUACAGCUGCUGGGCCGGCACCGUCCUGCUGGACACCACCUACGUGGUGGUCAGCGGCACCCGCGAGGAGGGGAUGAACGUCUCCUGCCAGGCUGAGUCCUACCGCGGCUCCUUCCACUGCUCCUGGACCGGCCCCUACUCCGCCGUCUUCCGUGCCCGCCUCACACGCAGCGACGGCUCCUUGGGGGAGUGGGUGCCGGCGGCCAGCCACCACGGCCGGUUCAGUGCCAGCUUUGUGGAUCCCUCAUUCUGCCCCUUUGCCGAGGAGCUGCACCCGCUGCAGCUGCAGCUGGAGGGGCUCUCGGACACCUCCUACCUCAACUUCUCCAUCCACUUCUUCGUCCGUGACAUCGUGCGGCCCGACCCGCCACAGGAGCUGACCGUGCAGCGCCGGGGGGAGCAGCUCCACCUGGCCUGGGCCCCCCCGGCCUCCUGGCCGCUCCCCCGGUCUUACUUCGCCCUGCGCUACUGGCUGCAGUACGAGCUCCCCAACGGCACCCAGGUUGACAAGUACGUGGAGGGCGCGGAGGAGACGCGGCUGCGGGCGCGCGCGCGGCGGGUGCGCAUCAGCUGCCAGGACCCCUACGCCAAACCCGCCUGGAGCCCCUGGACUGCCUGGCAGGGCGUCGAUGUGACCCAGCAGCGCCAGCUCCGAGCGCGCUGACCCCAGCACGGACGCCCCCCCCUUCCCCUUCGCACCCGUCCCCGACCCCCACUGCACCUCCACGUGCACGGGCACACGCAGGGCGGGGGGGCUGGGGGGCACCCCCAGGUGCGGCAGCCAUAGCCCCCCCUCCACCAAC